GCGUGCGCGGCCCCGCCCCUUCCUUUUCCCGAGCGUAGAGACGAGCACGAUGGGCCACCAGCAGCUGUACUGGAGUCACCCCAGAAAGUUCGGCCAGGGAUCCCGAUCCUGCCGUGUGUGCUCAAACAGACAUGGACUGAUCCGCAAAUACGGACUAAACAUGUGCCGCCAGUGCUUCAGGCAAUACGCAAAGGACAUUGGCUUUGUCAAGCUGGACUAAAUGGAUACUUAUUUGGAUAAGACCUAUGGCCAUAAACCCAUACUUCAGAUGACAUGUGAAGUUGGUGCCGAAGACUUUGAAGAACAGGACAUGGGCACAAAAUUGCUUAACACCCAUCAGUUGGUACCGAAGUCUUUUGAAGAACAUACAUGUGAAUAAAAUUGGUUUAUACCCUACAA